AUGCAAUUCUUCUACAUUUCUGCUGUUUUACUUGUAGCCAUCACACAAACAGAAGCUCUCGGAAGAGCUCAAUCUGUCGGAGUUAAGGGAAAACUCAUAUGUAACGAUCAACCAGCUUCUGGAGUUAAGAUCAAGAUGUACGAUGAAGACAAACUUUCACCUGAUGAGCAUAUGGCCACUGAAAAGAGUGAUUCUCAAGGAAACUUCUUGAUUAAGGGAACUGCUUCUGAGUUCACCUCUAUUGAGCCAAAAAUCAACAUCUACCAUGACUGUAAUGAUGGAAUUAAGCCUUGUCAACGCAAGCUCACCAUCUAUAUCCCAGACUCAUACAUUGUCAGCGGAGAGACUGCUACCAAGAUCUUCGAUUUCGGAACAUUCCAAUUAGCCGGAAAGUUUGAAGGAGAAACCCGCGAUUGCCUCCACCGAGUCUAA